UGUGCACUGCUAAGUGAAUAAUGUAUACCUUAUGGCGAGCAGUCUUUACACAAUGUUUCUCGUUCUGUGUCCGUACUGAACAGUCGACCAUUUCACAAAUCGUAUUGCGUAUCAGGCGCAAAAUUUCACAGUAACGUCUCGAGCAAGUGAAUGCAUCGAUAAAAAUUUUUGAUUGUUGUGAUAACAAUCGUAAGGAAAAACAGAUUGGAUAGCUUGCUAGUUCGGCGGACAAGAUCUGGGGAUAGCGAGCGACAUUCGAUGGAUAAGAAACAGAAGGGUUUUUACUGGGCUAUCGGAUUGAAUCAACUUACAUUGAGGAUGAUUGGCUUAUGGCCAUUCAAUAGCAAUAAAUCUACUCAACGAAUAUUGGCCACACCGACCAUCGUAAUUGGCAUAGUAAUUUUUUUGACAGUGCCGCAGGCUUAUGCUUUAAUUAAAGUCCGACGACAACUGCUACCUGUUGUGGAUAAUAUCCCCAUCAGUUUGUGUAACCUCGUGGCGGUCGUCAAACUUAUUAUAUUGUGGAAAGGUAGCAAAGUGCUUGAAUCACUAAUAAAUGAAAUGUGGAUAGAUUGGCAAUGUACGCCUAGAUCAGACAUUGAAACGGAAAUGAUGCAAGUGCAGGCAAAUCGCUGCCUACUUAUAUCGCUCAUCGGCGGCAGCUCAAGUGCUUUCGUUACAAUUAUGUGGUUCACCUUUCCACUAUUUAAUUUCAGCAUACGAACGCUAAACAACAUCACCGAUCCCGAUCCAAUGCGUCAGUUGAUAUUUCAGAGCUACUACCCGUACAACGUCUUCAAGUCACCUAUGUACGAAUUAACUUAUCUUCAACAAUUUUGUGCCGGUAGUCUGGUACCCUUUCUAUUCUUCGUUGCCGAGAAUCUUUUCACUACCUUCGUGCUCCAUGCCUGCGGCCAGUGUCAAAUUGUCGAGAGUCGAUUUCAACGUCUUGCUAAUAUUUCCCCAACAUCGCAUUACUUUAAUGAUCGUUUACGGCAAAUCGUCAAUGGUCAUGUUCGCCUCAUUCGCUUCGUUGACAAUAUCGAAAUUCUAUUUAACUAUUCAAUUCUGACACAAACAAUCGCUCUCACUGCGGUCAUUGGCUGCUUUGGAUUCACAUUAUUAAAAACCGUCGAGGACAAAUUGGACCCGUGGCAAAUAUUUACUAGGUCAGUUUCACCAUUGCUCUUGCUGAUGUAUGCCCUGAUUGACUGCGGAGCCGGUGAAUUUCUCGCUAUAAAAAGUUUCAGGCUACUCAAAGCCAGUUACCAGACGAACCUGCAGUCGUUACCAAACUCAUGCGCUCGUGAUAUCAUCAUACUCAUGAUACGUUCUCAAAAACCGUUACAACUUACUGCAGGAAACUUCUAUGAUUUGACUCUGAAUAAUUUCCUACAGUUGGUGAAGAAUAUAGGUGGCUACGUCUCUAUGCUGUUAUCUGUACAGCGAUAAACGUAUCCACGUAACGCGGGAAUCCGGUCCACCAUACCAUUAUUUUUAGUAACAACUUUUUCAGCGAAAGCUAUCAAUUUGUGGUGUGCACUCUAAUUUUAUUUAAAUAUUGGUGCAGUUGGAUUUUUCACAUAAAUGUAAAACUAAUAAUAUUUAUAAUGUCUGUC